AUUACUUUAAAUCAUGGUUUGGUGGGCAGUAAGAAAAUACUUUUAUUGUACAUCACCUCCCCAGCCAGUCUCUGGGAUGCCUGCUGUAGGGGAAGCUUCUCUGACGAUGACCGAGGCCAUUGCAGCAGCAGCAAGCCUCAUCAUCCUGAUUGUACCACACAGGCUGCACCCGGCAGGUGCUGGUGACUAAGCUUGGGGCUGCAUGUAUCGGGAAAUCCUAGCAGACCCCAUUGCAUCAGAUCAACCCCGGAAACUAGAGAGGAAGGAAAAGGGCUGUCGGUUCUGCAUCAGUGAGAGUGCGAGGAUGACCACAGCCACAAGACAAGAAGUGCUUGGCCUGUACCGCCGAAUCUUCAGGCUUGCGAGGCAGUGGCAGGCAGCGUCAGGGCGGGUGGAAGACACCGCGAGAGAAAAACAGUACAUCCGCCAUGAAGCCAGGACGCUGUUCCAGAAAAACAAAAAUCUCACAGACACAGACCAGAUUAAGCAGUGCAUAGAUGAAUGCACAGCUAGGAUCGAAAUCGGACUGCACUACCAGAUCCCGUAUCCAAGGCCAAUUCAUCUGCCUCCAAUGGGCCUUACCUCAUUACGAGGCCGGGGACUUCGAAGCCAGGAGAAACUGAGGAAACUUUCCAAACCAGUUUAUCUCAAGUCUCAUGAUGAGGUUUCCUAAUCCAGGGAAAGUUUAUUUCUCAGACGAUGAGCCAACUAGGUCUUCAAUGUAAACCAAACGGCAAAACCUUUCUCCUUGAUUGGGGCAAAAAUUCAAGUAUCUUCUUUAAAGGCUCCCAAAUAUUGGUACUGACCUCAUGACGUGUGCUCACAGUGUGUCAGGGCCUUGCUGUCUGCGGGGAUGACACUAAUCCUGGCGGUUGCAGACCUCACGGCCUCCCCGAGGGAGAAGACUGGAGAACGGCAAAGCUGCUCGAGGCAAGUCCUUGUCUGGCCUGUCGGCUGACACUGAGAAGCCACCCAGUGUCUGGGUUUCUCAUGGCUGCUCGCAAACAACCUACCUCCCUCGGAAUAGUGUAGGCUUUCUUUUAAGUUAUAGAUUUGCUUACAGGUGGGCUUUCCCCCCUGGCUGGUGUGGCUGGAUUGGUGUUGCCCUGUACACCCAAAGGUUGCCGAAACCAGGCAGUGCCAUGUCUGGGUUGCGGGCUCGAUCCCCAGUUUAUGCUCUUGCAUUGAUGUUUCAUUCUCUCCCACUCCUCUCCUCUCUCUAAAAAUAAAAAAUCUUUUUUU